AAAUCGUGAGACCUGGGAGGAGGGGCCAAGGCAACAGAACCACACACGUGAAGAGAUUACUAUGUGGGAUUCUAAACGUGCGUUUCAUUGUACUCCGAACCUGCAAACAGCGACAACCGUACGCCAAGGGGAGGCCACGGGCAGAUGAUUUCUUCCAAACCAAAGUUGAUGACAGCGCCAUCGAUUUCCACUGGGAUCUUUCCUUCCUCCAUCGCAGUGUCCAAGAAAAUCCAUUUGUCCCCCGCGACACCAUUUCCAGGAAACAAUUCAUCUAAGACUAAGAUUGCUUCUGUAGCUCCCAGGAUGUCUCUCACUCCACCUUCUGCUCCACUGCAAAGUGAAUGUUCAUUGCCGGUUGAUGAUCCUUUGGAGGCUAUAUUGUUUGACAUCGAUGGAACUUUAUGCGAUUCAGAUCCUAUCCAUUAUUAUGCCUUCCGAGAAAUGCUUCAAGAGAUAGGCUUCAAUGGAGGAGAGCCCAUCACUGAGGAAUUCUUCAUAAAGAAUAUCAGUGGCAUGCACAAUGAUGAGCUCUGUCAUGUGCUCUUUCCCGAUUGGGAUUUCCCGAGGGCUAUGCAGUUUAUGGAGGAUAAAGAAGCAAUGUUCCGGAGAUUGGCAUCAGAGCAGUUAAAACCCGUCAAGGGCCUCGACAAGUUAUGCGAGUGGAUGAAGGAGCGUGGUUUGAGACGAGCUGCAGUGACUAACGCCCCAAGGCCAAAUGCUGAGCUGAUUAUCUCCAUGCUAGGCCUUGCAGAUUUCUUCGAAAAACUUGUCAUUGGAAGUGAAUGCGAUCGAGCAAAACCAUUCCCGGACCCCUACUUGACAGCUCUCCGCGGACUUGGGGUAUCAAAUAAGCAUGCAUUUGUAUUCGAGGAUUCUAUUUCUGGAAUAAAAGCUGGAGUAGCGGCUGGAAUGCCUGUUGUGGGUUUAUCUCUGAGAAACCCCGAAAGCUUACUUUCUGAGACAGGCGCAACACUUGUUAUAAAGGAUUUCGACGAUUCAAAGCUAUGGGCAGCUCUAGAUCAGUUAGACACCAAAACGAAGACAUAAGAACAUCAGUAAUUGAUUCUUUCUAGGCGUGGCGCAGGUACUUUUAUGGAGCCUUAGACCAUUUACAGACAUGCCCUAUUUGAUAUAACUUAAUGAUUCAUUUGAUGCUUAUAAUUCUGAACUAUGAUUCUAGCUCAUGUCAACUUGAAGUUGUUAAUGGACUACUUGUAAUCCAUGUAGUUUAUCAUCAAAAUAAGUAAUCUUAACCUUAUUGAUU